AUGUCUUCCGAACCUCACACUUCACCUAAUGGCCCAUCACUAGGCCAAGCUGCUGAGCAAACAAGCGCUCGAGAGAUCGUCGGCCCUACAGCAUCGUCAAACCAGGCCAAUAUCGGCGCCGAGCAUAGGACAGAUGUCAUUGAACGGCUGUCAUCUGUAGACAAUGCAUCGUCUCGGGAGGCCAAGGACGAUGUCACUAUCGUCGUCAACAGCGACCCACUCGAUCUUGGUAAACAUCGCCGAGACGAUGUUACCCAGAAACAGAUGAAGGCAGACCAUCCACUCGCCAAGCCCAGACGCAUGAAGAAGUUCUACACAAGACAAAAUGCCUUGAUCGACCAGUUCCUCCAAAGCGGUGAUGAAGAGCGGUUAGCUGCUCUCGAUCAGCUCGAGAAUGGACCCAAAGUCCGCUUCGCAGUGAACGCUUCGUUCGUGGUCAACUUCUGUUUGUUCGUCAUUCAGAUGUAUGCCGCAAUCUCCACAGGUUCGCUGUCGCUGUUUGCGACAGCUGCGGACGCUUUCAUGGACUUGGUCUCUUCGGUGGUGAUGCUCAUCACAUCUCGCAUGGCAGCACGGCCAAGCGUGUACAAGUACCCCGUUGGACGAACUCGCAUCGAGACGAUUGGUAUCAUCAUGUUCUGCUGCUUGAUGACCACAGUCGCCAUCCAACUUAUCAUCGAAUCUGGGCGUGCCUUGGCUGGUGGUGCGACAGAAUCCGAGGAACUUCACAUCAUCCCCAUCGCGUUCGUCGCAACAGCCAUCUUCUGCAAAGGGUCUUUGUGCAUCUACUGCUACAUCUACCGACGCUACCCUGCUGUUCAUGUCUUCUUCAUCGACCAUCGUAAUGAUAUUGUCGUCAACGCCUUCGGUCUUGCCAUGUCUAUCGUCGGUAGCAGGGUCGUCUGGUAUGUCGACCCUAUCGGUGCUAUCCUGAUCGGUCUCUUGAUUCUUGUCUCUUGGGCUGCCAAUGCGUUCGACCAUGUCUGGCUACUGGUGGGCAAAUCAGCACCAAAAGACUACAUCAGCAAGUUGAUCUACCUUGUCGUCACACACGACGACAGGAUCCAGAAGGUCGACACUUGCCGCGCAUACCAUGCUGGACAAAACUACUACGUGGAGGUGGACAUUGUCAUGGACGAGGGUCUGCCGCUAAAGGUCACCCACGACGUCUCGCAGACUCUGCAGAGGAAGCUCGAGGGUCUUGCCGAUGUUGAGCGAGCCUACGUACACGUCGAUUACGAAAGUGAGCACGAUAUCUUCGAGGAACACAAGCCUCUCUAUGAAGUCACGCAGUCGAAGACGAUUAAAGAGCGCAUCAAAGCAAUGCGCUUCUUGUUCAAGAAGCAAGAGAAGGGUGCUUGA